AUUCGACGUCGUAUCUCUAACUAGUCUGUGGUGAUUCGUGAUUCAUUCAUUGUGGUGGCGAUCUCAAAAUAUGAACUUAAAUUUAUUUUUAACUAUGUUAAAAAUCAAAAGUGCAUUUCUUCUGUUAGUCUUAUUAUUAAAUAAAGUGAGUUGUAACCAUAACAUAGAUAUUAAAACUGAGGAGGACGUCGGUGUUAAGUACGCAAACAGAUGUGAAGUAUGUAAGAUACUAGCCACUGAACUGCAAGGUAGGCUUGAAGAAACCGGUAAAGUACACGAUGUAAUUGAAAUCGGAUAUUCAUUGGAUGAUGUUCAGCCAAAGAAGAAAAUGAAGUAUCAAAAGUCUGAGUUAAGAUUAAUAGAAUCGUUGGAGGGGGUCUGUGACAAAAUUUUGGAAUACAAUAUACAUAAAGAACGUCAGGAUAGCACUCGAUUUGCAAAGGGAAUGAGUCAAACUUUUCAAACUCUACAUGGACUAGUUGACAAGGGUGUAAAAGUAGACCUCGGUAUUCCCUACGAACUUUGGGACAAACCUUCGGCUGAAAUAACUAAUAUGAAAAGUCAGUGUGAAAGUCUUUUGGAAGAAAAUGAAGAAGCCGUUGAAGAUUGGUAUUGGAAUCAUCAGGGCGAUGCCGAUCUGCAGAUUCAUCUGUGUACGAAACAUGCUUUAAAAGGAGCUGAUGACUCUUGUCUUUAUGAAACUCUUUCUAAUUCUAAUACUAAGGGUGAGCAUGGAAGUUUACAUAAAUCAGAGCUCUGAGGUUUACCAUCAAUUAUUUAGAAAUAAUACAUUAAACAUAUAUGUUAAUGUUACUCUUCAUUUUGAUUAUAAGUUAGCCAAAAAAAAGAGAUGUGCCCAAUGUGUGUUCAAGCAAAUCUAAAUGUUCAGUGGAAGAUCCAUUUAAAUUAUACCCAACAGAAUAUUCCUAUUGAUAUUGUCAAAAUUAUAGUAAUUCCUCAGUUUUAAAUUUAUUAAAAAUAUUUCUAUGGUAAAUAUCCUAAGGAAUUGUUGAUAAACAAUAAAAAAAUAUCUUCUUUACAAGGCACAUUAAAUUUCCCCAUCGGAUGUGAAUUGUGAGUGGAUAACAAUGAAAGUUAAUAAUCUAUGCUUUUAAAAAAAAUAUGACACCAUCCAUCCUAUCCUUGCUCACCUGAACCCAUUCCCUUACUUAUUUAGCCCUGGGGCUAAACUUCGUUUUACUUUAGUUUCCCUAUUCAAAGCUGAAGAGAAGUGUCUUUGUGACAUUUCAUAUCUCUUUGCCUAUUUAUUGAGCUUAUGUGUAACUCGCUGACAAAUAUACAACACCACCACAAGGAAAUGUUUUAUCUUUGGUUUUCUAAAAGGUAGAUAUUAAUUACGGAGUUGGGUGCUCCAGUUUAAAUUAAAACAAAAAAAAUAAAAACAAACUGUUAGUGCAAAAACAACAAUGUUUCAAUAUUCUGUCAUUAUUCUGCAAAUCAACUGAAUGUUGGACUGAUUACUAACAAAAACUGUAUACAAGUAUUUGGCUUAACAUUUGGUGCAUCUCUACUCUAUCCAAAAUUAUGUUUCCUGAAGUACAUUUUCACGAAUCUAUGUUAACUACUUCUAAGCCACUUAUCAUAAGAAACUGAAUAGACUUUGUUAAGUAAUUCAAUAUUGGGUGUAUAUCAGCCCAGCAGCACCACCAAUCUACCCCCAUUUCUCCAAGCCUCAUGAGGUACAAAGAGUAAGUUAAUCUUAUAUACACUUACUGUAUGAUACUAUUUAGGAUAUGAUAAUAAAAUUAAUGUGUCUAUAGUGGAGCUGGAGGGCUGGAAUACACCUAUAGUUUAGUGGGUAAACUUAAAAGUCCUGUGCAGUGGUGCUACCGGUAGUACUAGUACUGCAGCUAAGAAGAACAGCUGUGGAUGGAGAAGCUGGGGUAACAAGACUGAUGCCAUUCCAUACUUAAAAGAUAAACGGACUGUUGAUUUGCGGUUAGCAGUUUAAUUUCGUAUUAUUUAUUACUUUUAUACAAAAAGGGUGCAAACUACAGACAAAAUAUUUAUGUUAAGUAAAAAAUAAGUGUAUUAUUGAACUACCUAUGAGGUAUACUUUAUCAUUUGAAUUAUGAUUUUUAGAUAUAAUUAUACAGUGUAAUUCUAUAGAAACAAAGAUAAUAAAUAAGAUAAUUCCCACUUCUGUGAUUUUGGGUAUAAUUUUUUUACCUAAGAAUGAGAUAUUCUGAGAAUGAAAUAAAAAUAGGUAUUGGUAUAUAGGCCAAUGAUAAGGAUUGUCAUCUCUAAUUGAGAGUCUCCUGGCACCUGACCAAAAUCGCUAUUUUAAGGACAUGGACACAAAACAUGGGGUUACUUCAUCAGUUCCAGAUUACUUAGGACUUAGAGAUAAAUGCUAUGCCACCGCGAACAAUAAUGCAAAUAAAAAGAAUGUUAAUAAGUAUGAUAAUAGUAAGUCACAUAUAAAUAUAUAUUAUAUUACUUAUGAUAACCUUUUGAGCUGUAGUACAGGUUCGGCGCGUGCUAGGCUUUUGGCCGUGGGUGCGCACGAGGUCGGCUACUGGCUUUACGCGUACCCCUCGUCAAAUACAGGAACAUUUCUUGAGCCUGACACGCUCUGAAUCGCAACCUGUCUACGGCUUGGGGUCCCGGUCUGCGCUCCUCAUAAAUGUCCCUGUGGCAGUGGUGUCGACAAACUAGGACAUCACGGACUGUCAUGCCAAAAAAGUGCAGGCGGCUUCUCGAGACAUGCCGCACUUAAUGAUAUCAUACGCCGGUCCCUUGACACUGUCAACGUGCCAAGUAGACUUGGAGCCGACUGGUAUUGCAAGAGACGAUGGUAAGAGACCAGACGGUAUGAGUUUGAUUCCAUGGAAGAUGGGUCGGGUGCUGGUAUGGGAUGCAACCUGUUCAGACACGCUGGCCCCUUCCCAUCUACAUGGAACCAUCAACAGAGCUGGUGCGGCUUGUGAAGCGGCUGAAAAAUCAAAAGCAAGCAAAUACAGGGGUCUAGGCUCCGAAUAUGAUUUUGUCCCAUUUGGUGACGAGACCCUUGGUCCGUGGGGUCCUACCGCUUUAAGGCUAUUUAAGGAAAUAGCUAUAAUAGUUAGUCGACGUCACAGGAGACCGAAGAGCUGGCAGCUACCUCGGACAAAGAAUUAGUCUAGCCAUUCAAAGGGGUAACGCUGCCAGUAUCUUCGGAUCCUUGCCUAAAAGGACUCCUUUUAAUAAUAUAUUUUAGUUAUUAAUUUUAUGUUUUAAGGUUUUUAGUUUUAUUGUUCUAGUAUUUAUAUUUUACUUAUAUAUAGUGUAAUGUAAUUAGAUAGAGACUUAUUUGUUUAUAGUUAAAGUAGGCAUUAAAUUAUAUAGGCAUAAAAAACUGCAUCUACGGAGGUUGUAUUAUAUAUUUAUAUGUCACUUACUUAUUUAUAUUAUAUAAAGAUAAUAUAUUUUGGAC